GCACCAAGCAUGCAACAAAAGAUUCUUCAUCCGAUUCAGAAUCAUCAAGUGAUAGUAACAGAAUGGAAAAAACAUCUACCAGACAGAAGAUAAAACAGAAGCAUAUGACAUCAUCAUCAGACAAUGAUUCAGCAGAUACUUUAGAUGAAGAAAGUGAAGAAGAAGAAACUAUGACAAAGCAUUCUUCCAAACCUACAGAUUCAUGCAAAAAAAGAGUCAGCAAAAAUGAAAAAUCUUCAAAGAAAAGAAAGAGGGAACCUUCACGCAUAGAAGACUGUGACUCUGACUCUGAUAGUUCAUUACCAGAAAAUAAAAAACACAAAACAGAAGACAGAAAAUACAAAAAAACCACCAAGAAGUCCAGAAGAAACUCAUCAUCAUCAUCUGAUGAAAGUGAACCAAAAAAGAAAAAAACAUCAAAAACAAACAAAGAGAGUUCCAGUGACAACUCAGACUCAGACUCAGAGUCUUCUGCAGAGGAUUCAGACAAUCUUGAUUCACUGAAUUCAAACACAUCGAAUCUAACAUGCAGUAACAUUAAAAAAAAUGUGCCACAUAAAAUUAUGAAGCUAUUCAUAACGAAACACUCAGGGUACCAUGGACCUUACAAAACAUGCAUUGCAACGCUGAAAGAUAAUAAAAGUCAGCUCAUCAAAGUCAAAAUGCCAAAACCAGUGGCAGACAUGAGCAAACAACUACAGAAGAAAAUUUUAGAAAAGAUUAAAAAACAAAAAAAUCCAAGGUUCAUGGUGACUGGAAUUCACAAGAAGAGGAAGCCAAGUGGAAAGGGACAUUAUGAAACCUACGAUUAUAAAUUCCUGUGGAAUUAGACACUUAUCUCCCCGCACCAACAAUUUGAUGAGAUAUUAAUUUUCUAAUUUUCUACUGAUUAUAUGCUAUUUCUUACACCGCACACUCAUUCCAAAGAGUAUUUUAUUUCUAAUAUGUUACUUGCCAGCACUAAGAGCACCUGAUGUAAUUGAAAAAUUAUUCAUACUACACAUACUACUUGCACGUACUCUCCAUUUAUUUAUACUUAACUUAUUAUUUACUUAUUGUUCACAAUAAUAUUUCUGUCCACUGUAUUCAUUUAUAAGUACACCUAAUU